AUGAAGGCCAACUUCUGCCAUAUGAUUGGCUCCUUCCUGCUACUCGUAGCAACAAUCCUUCUCAUUGUCACCAGUAUCACGGCUCCUGUUGUCAAUCGCCUCGCCAUCCUCACUGUCGACUUGGCCGAGGACUCCAAUGCGGGCAAGGAGGUCGCCUUCGGCACCUUUGGUUGGUGUGUUCAGGAUGCUGGCCCUGACGGCGAGGAUGAUUGCUCCAAGGCCAAGGUAGGAUACAACCCGGCCCAAGUCAUGGAGGAGAUCGACGGCACCGACAUGGCCAGCUACUCCGAGUCCACGACCAAGGCUCUUACCCGAGCCUUGGUACUCCACCCGGUCGCCACCGUCCUUUCGUUCAUCGCCUUCAUCCUCACCCUCGGAGCCAGCGCCUUCGGCUCGUUCAUCGCCUCGAUCGUCGCCUUCACCGCGUUCAUCAUUACGGCUAUCGUCAUGUUAUGCGACUUCGUCCUGUUCGGCAUUCUCAAGGCCGACAUCAACGAGAACGAAGAUAGCGAGAGCCAUGCCUACUUCAGCGUCGGUAUGUGGUGCGUCCUUGUCUCUGCCCUCUGCAGUUUGGUCGCCUCGAUCCUCGUUCUCGCCACCUGCUGCGCUGGCCGCUUCAAGAAGCGCCGCGAUGUCGAGAAGAGCAGCCCCGCUGUCGCCGGCCCCGCUGCCAAGCGCCGAUUCUGGCCCGCCCGCAAAUAG